AUGGGCGUGGCCUCAACCCGCGCACGCGUACUGCUGGCAGCGGAGGGCGGGCACAGCCUGUUGGCGGGAAAAGCGUCAAUGGCGGCGCCCAGCGGCGGCCCGGAGCCCGUGAAGCUGCCGCGGGGGCCGCCGCUCAAGGUGCUGGCGAGCAGCUGCGCGCGCGACGUGCGGGGCGGCCCGGGCGGGUGGCGGCUGUCGCGGGCGGCGGCGGGGCGCGGGCCGCUCGAGCUGGCGGCCGUGUGGAUGCAGGGCACGGUGGAGGCGGCGGGCGACGGCGCGGCGCGGCUGCGGGACUCGAGCGGGGCCUUCUCGGUGCGCGGCCUGGAGCGGGUCCCGCGCGGGCGGCCCUGCCUCGUCCCAGGCAAGUAUGUGAUGGUCAUGGGGCUGGUGCAGGCAUGUAGCCCUGAGCCAUGCCUGCAGGCUGUGAAGAUGACUGACCUCUCGGACAACCCGUUCCACCAGAGUAUGUGGGAGCUGGAAGUGGAGGACCUGCACCGGAACAUACCUUAGCAGGUGCCCGA